AAACUUGUUGCCUUUAUACUCAAACAUGUUCGUAAACAAAACUCAAACAACAUGCACAACCACGAUGAUUUUAAUAAUUUAUUUAUGGUUAAAGAUCAGUGUCACCAUGUUAAGCACAAGGAGCGUCCACUCGCUGUUUUCGUACUCAAUAGCGGAAGAAAAAUUUACAUAAUUUUUGUAACAAACACAAUAAAACACAUACGCAUACAAUAAACAGCAACAAGAACAAAGAACGUUUUAAAAACCACAAAAAAUCAACAAUGAAUAAAAUAAAUAUUCAAAAUUAACGUUUCAAUUAGCCUUGCCAUUAAAAAUAUAAGUAAAAAGUGGCCCUCUUUUGUAUUACAAGCACUUCCGUUUAUUUUAUAACAACAAUCUGGUUACUCUCUUAUAAUAAACUAGUUUUUUUCUCUGUCUCUCUGUGUACUUCAACAUUUUUUCUGCAAUUACCACUUGGCAGCACUGUUUCUUUCUUAUUGAAGUGGCAACGAAACGAAAAUAAAUAGUAAAUCAGAAAGACAAAGGAGAAGAGAAUGGAAAAAAUGAAAAAAGAAAGAAUUGAAAAAAGUGUCGACAGUGAAAAAUGGCUUUCUUAAAUAAAAUAGUUAAAAAAUAAUAAAAAAUACCUAAAAUAUUAGUAAAUUAAAACGUGUAUUUAUUAAAUUUAAACUUUAUUGUAAAGAAAAAAGCAAAGUAUUAAGAAUAAACAACAAAAAAUUACGAAAAGGAACCUUUUUAAAUUAGUGUAUAGAAUCGAAUUUUUUUAUGUUGCGUUUUGUGAUGGAAAAUAUUUUUUGUGUAUAACAAAAUUUCGUAAAAAACUUUUUCCAACCAUACAAUUGACGGAGAAGAGGAGUGUAAUUUUUUUUUUUGUUAUAAUUUGUAAUACAAAGGAAAAAAAUAUAUAGGAAAAAGAAAAAACCAUUUAAUUUAACUAACUAAAAGAAAAAAAGAUUUUUUAUAUAAAAAAGAAAAAAAUUAAAUAAAGAAAAAAUUAUAUGGAAAAAAAUAUAUAUUUAACGUCAUGUUGUUAAGAAAGCCUAAAGGAGAUGUGUGUUGAAAAUCUUAAAAGAUUUAUAAUCAUUAAAACAACCACCUAGAAAAAGAAUUAAAAAUUUAAAGCCCGAAAAAAAGGAAUAAAACAAGAGCGCCCAAUAUGUCUUCAGCAACUUUAACAUUGCCAUCACCAUUACCAACUAACACAGCAACAACAACAAGAACAACACCAUUAACUUGUGCAGCAGCAAAGAACUCGUCAUCAACAGCAAAUUUGUGGUCGCCCAUAACAAUUACAUGUAAAUCUCAAGCUAAAAUAAAUUUAUUAACAAAUUCUCAACAGCAACAACAAAAGCCACAAAAACAACAACAAUUAACACCAGCAAUAAUAAUAAAUUCACAUACAGCUCCAGCAUUAGCUGCAGCUGGAGCCGCUGCCGGAGCUGCUGCUGCUUCAUCAUCAUCAUCAUCUGCAACAUGUUUACAUUUACAUGCAAUUUAUCCUAAAAAUAAGCGUAAAUAUUAUUUAAAUAAUAAUAAAAUUCACAAGGAACGUAGAAAACGUCACAACGUUACAAACGAUGAUGGCAUUAAUAGUUAUUUAAGCUUAAUAUUAUUAGUAACAUUUACGAAACCUUUAACCAUGUGGUAUCGUUUUAUAAAAAGUAUUAUCUUAACUUCAUCAACCACAACAACAGCAACAUCAUCACCCACAACAAGAGCAACACAAAGACUUUUUAGUAAAGGUUCUGUAAAAACCACCUCAUCCUCCUCACCCACCUAUAAUUCCAAAUCCUCAUUAUCCUCCACAUCCAACACCUUUACAUCCUUAAUUAACCUUAAUAAUAAAAACAAAACAUCCCACAACUCCUCCUCCUCCUCGUGCUCUCCUGCAUUACGUUUGAAGCCCUCGAAAUCGCCGUCAUCAUCGCCAUCAUCAUCACCUAGUAAAUGUAUACGUGUUUUACCACCCAUUGCCACUACCACAUCAUUUUUUACUUUACUAACCAUUAUCUGUUUGGAGACCAUUCUACUCUCUACCAUGUCCAGUUGUGCAAAAACUUUUUACAUGCACUGGAACACCUCGAAUAGUAUAUUUCGCAUUGAUAAUACCGAUCAUAUAAUCGAUGUUAAUAAAGGUAAUCUGGCCUUUGAAUUCGAUCAGGUGCACAUCAUUUGUCCGGUCUAUGAACCUGGCACUUUCGAUAAUGAAACGGAAAAGUAUAUUAUUUAUAAUGUCUCAAAGGUCGAGUACGAAACGUGUCGGAUAACGAAUGCCGAUCCGCGUGUCAUUGCCAUAUGUGAUAAGCCACAAAAAUUGAUGUUUUUUACCAUAACGUUCCGGCCAUUUACACCACAACCUGGUGGUUUGGAGUUCCUUCCUGGGAAUGAUUAUUAUUUCAUUUCAACGUCUUCGAAAGAUGACCUCUAUAGACGAAUAGGCGGCCGCUGUUCUACCAAUAACAUGAAGGUCGUCUUUAAAGUUUGUUGUGCCUCAGAGGAAAAGAAUAAAACGACUACCAUAGCGACGGGUGGUAGUUCGGGAGGCAGUGCGGGCAGCACCUCCACCACAGCGGUGGGUAGUGCUUUGCCCACCGACUCGGCUGGUAAUAGUGGCGAGGACAUAACGAAUAUGCACUCGAACCAAAACAAUCAACAGCAGCAGAGUCAUCCUCAUCAUGGUAACAAUAUCAAUACAAUAGGCAUAAAUGGCAUUAAUACAGGCAUGCUACCCAAUGGUGUGAUGAAUACCGGCCUAGGCGGUAUGGGUAAUAAUCAACACAAUGGUUUGCAACUGAAUCCCAUAAUGAAUAGUCCUAGUGGAAAUGUGGCCACCUCUAUUAAUACCAACAUAGAUCAAUUCAAUCGUAUACCCCUGCAGCCGAAUAGUAUUAAUGUGCUGAGCAAUAAUAUAGGCGGCGGUAUGGGCAUGGGCAACAUGGGUCCUCCCGGCAUGAGUGGCAAUAAUGGUUUGGGUCUGGGUUCACAUGGCGGCUCCGGCAUUUUACUCACUCCCGGUCAUAAUGGCAUUAAUAUGAUAGCCUCGGGUGGCGGAGCGGGCGGCCUACCCGGCAUUCAUCAAUAUCCCGGUCAUGGUUAUCAUGGGCAGACCGGCAUACGUAUUAAUAAUGUUCCCUCGACGCAUCAUACCAAUCUUAAGAAUAUGCAAAAUAAUAACAACGAUAAUGAUCAUCAUCAUCCCUAUGAUAAGCAUCCAAAUGAGGUUGUAAAGAAUGAAGAACUAACCUAUAAUAGAGCUGCCUCUUCAAUGACUACGGCCACAGCAUUAUCCUUAAUCUUUGUGCUAACACUAGCCUUACAGAUUUGCUACUGGGUUUAAGUGUUUCUUUUACUUAUUUUUCUUUUUAUUUCAAUUUAAUUAUUACAAUUAUAAUUUGUAAUGUUUGUGUUGAAGAUGGUUGUGUGUAGUAAACAUUAAUGACCAUUUUCUUAACAACAACAUUUAUAAACUUACUUACACACACACUUACACUUAAAUACUAUACGUUAAUGAUAAUGAUAAGGAGUGCAGCUUAUCUGGUAAGCAGUAGUAGUAGCAGUUUAAGAGAAGUGGCUGGUAAACAAUGAAGAAACAGAACAGUUUGUACAUUUUAAGUCUAUUUUAUAUAAUAAUUAAUUAAUAAUAAUAAUAAAUAAUAUAAUUUUAGUUUAUAUCAUAAAGAACAAAAAAACAAAAACAGAAGAGUAAACAAUUAACAAGAAAAAACCCCAACAACAACAACACUUUUUGUAAUUUUAUUAAUACAAAAUAUUAAAGGCCUAACCAUAAUUAGUUUAAGUUAACUUAAAUAAAUCUUCAUAAAACAUUAACAAAAAAACAUUCAAACAAACAAAACGAACAACAUUUUACAGCAAAGAAAUGAAAAAAUAAAAAACAAGAGCAAAUUUGUAUGAAUUAACAACAAACCAACAAACAACAAUAACACUCAACAUACAUUUUUUCAAACAUACACAAACAGACAAACAAACAACAAAUACUCAAACAAAAACUCACCUACAGACGACCAUCAUUAAACAUUCUAAUUCUCUUAAAACAUACACAGACACACUAACAAACAUUCAGACAUACACAUACACUCAUACUCACACACACAUACACUCUCAUACUCUAACUCGUAUUUAUGUAAACAGAAGAAGAAAAAAACAGAAAGAAAACAUAACAGUUAAAGAAAUAGUAAGAGUACUCAAUUAUAUAAUAAUAAGUUGUACUUUCCAUCAUCAUUAACAUUACCGACAUCAUCACCAACAUCGCCAUUGUCAUCAUCAAGUUUUUCGUCAACUUAAAGGCCUUUUUUUAAGACACCCCCCCCCCUCCCUUGCCCUACCACCCCCCAAAUAUAAACUUACAAUUUUAAAUACUUGUAUUUUGGGGGUGAAGUAAAAAAACACCAAGCUGGUAUUUUGAAAUUGUUAGAAUUUAAAAAAGAAAGUUUUGAAAUUUCACAUUUUGAAUUUGUAUAUUAAAUACAAACAGACUUCAGGGAACUUUCCAACUGACUGGUACUUUAUCUUUAGUUUCAAUGACUUUAUUAAUAAAAAAUUUAUUUUAGAUUUGUUUAAAUCAAAAAUUGUAAAUAUUUGAAAGUUAUAUUUUAGAACCUUAAUUACAACAAAAACUUUUUUGUAAAAUUAUAUGUAUUUGUAACCAAAAUUUUGCCGUUUAAAACAAUAAAAAAAACUACUCUUCACAAAAGUACCAAAA